AAAUUCGCCAAAAAUCGUAAAAAUCGUAGUUUAAGAGUUGCCUACCAUGAUAUUUUAACGCGAAAAAAAAAAAAAUGGGUUUCACAACACUUCUCAUUCAACGAUGUGGACGUUGUCUUCUUCAUCGUCAAGUAAGGUUCCUCCUUCCUUCUGAUCAUUUCUUUAUUUACAGUGACACUCUUCGUCUCUUCAUGUGUAUGGUUAACUUAAACCUUGCCGGCGUUAUGCAAUGCUGUUUUGUUAUUUAUAGGGUUUGAACUGUUGUCGGCGUAAAUGAAAUCCUGUGGUACAACCAUUUCGUGUUAAUAUAAUGUUGUCUUAGUUUAUUUGACCGGGAUCAAAGAAAGCGUUAAAAUAGACUCUUCCAUGUUUUUUUUGCAAUAAUUUGGCAGGGAUCGGAACUGUAACCGAAUAUUCAUCAAGAAUUUAACUUGAUGUCAGACAACGCAGAGGUAUUUUGCAGAACGAUGAACGGCUGCCGAACGCCAAGUGACUCCGAAAUUUACUGAUUAUGGCAAGGAAACUGAGUGAAUAAACAAGGUUCAUUUUAUGCAGGUCGAACUGAACUUUACCUUAAUUCACUCAGUUUCCUAACCCUAAUCACUAAACUUAAGAAACAUUCAGGCUUUUGGUAGCCAUUCAGUGUCCUGAAAAAUAAGCUGCUGGUCAGACGUAUAGUGAAGAUAUUGCUAGUUUGGUGGUCCCAUGCAACAGCUAUUUAGUGGUUGACUUGAACAAAAGCGUUUCCAUCCUCCGCGAACUGGACUCAAGUGGUUCCAAACCCAAAGUAUCUUUGCAAAUUCGCAAAAAUGUUUUCACAGCUUUGGAUGGUGACAGGGUGAAAGAGGAUGAACUUGCCCCUCCCUAAAAUGUCUAAAGUUAUAAAUUUGCCAUUUGGUUGAGACAUUUUCUUCCUAAUAAGUUUUUUAUAUAUACGGUCCCUUAACUCAUACAGUCUAAACUAUAGUCUUGAAUGAUGAUUUCUUACCAAAACUCUAUGAGUUUAACUAAAUGCCUGGUAUCAAGAACCCUUCCUGGAUACCCAGCUACUUAAUUUUAAAAGAAGUCUUUAACAGAAAAUGCCUUUAAAAGUGUGUAUCCUUAAUUUCAUCAGGCACAUGUUGUGACAAGACGUCUGUUAUCAUCAGGAGCUUCUGUAAGUUUCUCUGAGAUUUUUAGAAAUAACCAGUAGGUUGGUAAUAAUGCUAGAUGUAGGAUGCUUUCAACGCUGCUGAUCCUAGAGUGCAAGAUGGUGUUACUCUCCAUUAGUCUUCCCCUACACAGCUGUAGCUUUGUGGUGACAGAGUCUGAAAACUAAUGUACUCACUGCUUCAUGGUAAAAAAAUGUCCUGCGAUAAGGGAUGAGGGGAAUGCAUCACUUGUGGAGCUGAAGAUUUACAAGUUUGGUGAAAAUCUGUGGUACAUGUACAUGUAGAUGGUCCUGACUCCAUUAUGGCAAUAAAUUAAUUAUUUCACAGUUUGAUAUGUGACUUCAUGAUACCACAACAUACGGACUUCUUGCCCAUGUUUGUCUUCUCUUUUUAUAACUUUGUUAAGAAAGCAUUGAAACAACAUAUACAGGAUAAAGAUUGUGUUGUUUUUUUCAUCCUUCCAUCCUUCAUUUAACAUUAAUUUUUACAGAAAAAUGUACUAGUCCUGUGUGACUUGUGGCUCUAAGUUUUUACUACAAUGUACAUGUUGUGUAGGAAUAAUUAUUUUGUACUACAGAUGUAGUUCAGGUGAUGGUCUAGUAGGCUACUUCUGAAGUUGAGCACUUAAAUUAAUUAAAAUUACUGUAAAUAAAUUUUUGAGAAUUUUUUCUUCUUUAACUUUUUUCUGUUAAACAGAAGGAUGUCUCAGCUAUCAGAAAUAUUGGUGUAUCUGCUCAUAUAGACUCAGGAAAAACCACUCUUACGGAGCGUUUGUUGUUUUAUACUGGUCGUAUAAGUCACAUGCAUGAGGUAAGUUACCUCUAUAGUUUUGCCUUUUUUGUAUUUCUAACAGUGCAUUUUGUAAGUGGGAAGUACAUAUACAUGUAAGGUCACAUUCAUUGACAUGGAAGCCCUGUUUGGGGAGAGGGGGAGGGGGGAGGGUUUACAUGUAUGUUGAGGAGUAGGCCAUGUCCCUGUCAGUAUUCAACCCAUCUUUAUGUCGUUUGUCGCCAUUUCAUCUUUUUUUGUGUCACUGUUUCAAGGCCACGUUGCAUGUCAGAAUUUUACCCAGGCCUCCCUCACAAAUACUUAAGAAUUUGUUCAUGCUUAGCGUGCGUAUAUCGAGUUAUGGAUGCACGCGGGAAGUUUGGAGAGCACGAAAGAUGCGUAAGAGUUGCAUGAGGCGAUAGCCGAGUGCAACUCUAGCUUCUUGAGUGCUCUCCAAACUUUCCAAGUGCAUCCAUAACUCGAUAUACGUACAGCUAAAAGCGUGAGCAAAUUCUUUUAUAACAUAGCUCACAAUAAUACUUGCUUUUUGAUUAACUGCAAAAUUCUCGUAACGCGCGACACAAUAACAAACGGUUCUAUUGGCUGAUUACGAACACGCCACAAUCGUCUAGUUUGAAUGAAAAUAUUCUUUCUGUGAAAGUGAGAAAGAAAAUUUGCUCCUUUAUUCGUUAACGAUCAAUGGAAACUAAGCAGAAACAAAGGUAAAAGAGUCUUAAAGUUCACCUAACGUUAAAACUAACAUGUUCAUAAGAAGUCGUGGAGUAUGGUUUGGAUUUGCUGAAAAGAUGUUUACGUUUUGCUCGGCGAAAUCCAGAAAACAUGUUAGCGAAGACGACUGUCAUCCUUCUUUAAACUUAUAUUCAUUUACGAACAUUGGCUGGUCAUUACGGCUUCUUGAGAAGACCUGGCAGCAGUUGUUUUUGUGAGUAAUAAAUUUAUGUCUUCUUGUGUAAUUUGUGUUGUUAUUGCGAUAUAAAUUUUCCUGCUUCACUCGGAUUGUCCAGAGAUAACAAAGUGCACAACAAAUUUAAAAACAACAAUGAAAACGGAAAUUUUGCCUUUAAGUGUUGUUGAUGACCAGUUGGAGUCUGUUCUGUUCCCAGUGAAUGUCUUUCGGCCAAAAUUUGCUGCAGCUGGUCUUCGACAAAUUUGUGAACAGCGCGCAACUUGCGAGUUUUUUUUUAAUUCGGCUUUAUUUUUGCUGCUUGUUGGAUCAGGACCUAAAAGGUCAAUGCCGAUAGAAAAAUUGGGCAGUUCUUCGCUGGUUUCUUCCAUAUUUUAAAGAGAAGGAAAAGUGCACUAGCGCUUGAAAGACGACAACUUUGCAGCCAGGUAAAAAAAAAUGCUCACGUCAUCUUAUUUACGCACGCCCGUGCAUAAAUAAAGAUUUUGUUCAUAGUGGCUCAAUAGGACUUAUAUAGGGCAAGUACCCGCGCUAUGUUAUAAAUGUUGUUAUAAUACACUGUAUUUUAUGUUGUAGUUAAUUUUUUAUUUCAGUUAAUUUUUAUUUUGCCACGAUUGUUUUUGGGUAUGGUAAUGUAUGCUAAUGAAUUUAAACCGAAGGAAAAACGGAAAUUAACUAAAAUAAAAAAUCAACUGCAGCAUAUUCAAGUAGGUCCUAAACAAUGGUGAAAUCCAUUGAAAUAGUGAAUCUUUGACCUUCAAAAUUUCCAUGAAAUUUUUUAUUAAUAUUAUUGCUACUAAAGCAACAACUACAGAAGUCACUUUUGUUAUUCAAAAUGUUUAUCGAAGUAAAGAGAGCAAGAAAUUGUGGUGAUGGACUUUUGUAUUAGAAGGUUGGAAAUUUGAUUCUUUCCUAAGUGUUCAAGAAGUCAGAAUGCCCUCUCUGGGAAUCCAAAAAAUUCUUUGCCUGCAUGUAUUCUUUUACCUGAAGUAUUUUUGCUGUAUUGUUACUAACCUGCGUGACCCUUGACCUUGCUUUCCGAUGUGACUAGGUACGAGGCAAGGACAAUGUGGGUGCCACAAUGGAUUUUAUGGAACUUGAACGGCAGAGAGGGAUCACUAUUCAGGUGGGAAAUUAAUUAAAAGUAAUGUAAUACUAUGUAUACGACGUUAACAUGUUUUCACUCUGAUAUGGAGAUGAUUAGAAAAAAUUGGCAUUUAUGUGUGUAUGCAACAGUCAAUUAAAGUACACUGCAUCUUUCCCACUGUAAAUUACAUGUAAUUUUCAACUUUAGUCAGCAGCUACAUAUGUAACCUGGAAAGACAUGAACGUCAACAUCAUUGACACUCCU